AUGUCCUCUGUCACUGGUUUUUUCAUUCCACCCGUCUCUUACUUCGGUGAGGGAGCUUUGAUCGAAGCCGCCAACUACAUUCAAACCAAAGACUUCAAAAAGGCCAUCAUCAUCACCGACCCUGGUAUUGCCAGAAUCGGUCUUUCUGGUAAGGUCACCAAGCUUUUGGAAGAUCGUGGUCUUUCCGUGGCUAUCUACGAUCAAACUCAACCAAACCCAAACAUUGGUAAUGUUACUGCUGGUCUCAAAGUCCUAAAGGAAAACAACAGUGAUAUUGUUGUGUCCAUCGGUGGUGGUUCUGCUCACGAUAAUGCCAAGGCUAUUGCCCUUUUGGCCACUAACGGUGGCGAAAUUGGUGACUACGAAGGUGUUAACCAAUCUAAACUUCCUGCCUUGCCUUUGGUGGCUGUCAACACCACAGCUGGUACUGCCUCCGAAAUGACUAGAUUCACCAUUAUUUCCAACGAGGAAAAGAAGGUUAAGAUGGCCAUCAUUGACAACAAUGUCACCCCAAGCGUCGCCGUUAAUGACCCUUCUGCUAUGUAUGGUCUUCCCCCAGCUCUUACUGCCGCCACUGGCCUUGAUGCUUUGACUCACUGUAUCGAAGCUUAUGUGUCUACUGCUGCCAGUCCAAUCACUGACUGUUGUGCUUUGAAAGGUAUUGACUUGAUUGAAGAGAGUUUGGCUGAGGCCUAUAAGAACGGUUCUGACAAGAAGGCUAGAACUGACAUGUGUUACGCUGAAUACCUUGCUGGUAUGGCUUUCAACAACGCCUCUUUGGGUUACGUCCAUGCUAUUGCUCACCAACUUGGUGGCUUUUACCAUUUGCCUCAUGGUGUCUGUAACGCUGUCCUUUUGCCACAUGUUCAAUCCUUCAACAUGAAGUGUGAGAAGACCAACAAGAGGCUAGCUGAAAUUGCAACUCACCUCGGUGAAAAGGAGGCCUCUGCCGAUGCUACUAUUGCCCGUCUACACCGUUUCAACAGAGAUCUAAACAUUCCAAGAAACUUAAAGGAACUUGGCGUUAAAGAAGAAGAUUUCGAGAUUCUUGCCGAAAACGCCAUGCAAGAUGCUUGUCACUUGACUAACCCAAUCCAGUUCAAGAAAGAGGAGGUGAUUGCCAUUAUCAGACAAGCUUUUGAAUACUAA